AUGUCCGACGUCCCACCAACCGAGUCCAAUCUCAAUCCAGAAGAACCGAAAGCACCAGCCCCUGCACCUCAGUUCCAGCAAUUCCAAUCUCAAUCCAAAUUACUACCAAUUCCAAUACAAAUCGAAGAGAGACCAAGAGUUCGAAGAAGGUCUGAACCGCUUACGCAAAGAGUAUGCUACAGCUCCAACCCUUGGUUGUUCCAGCAAGCUCCACCCCAACAAUUCCAAUUCCAAUACAAAUCGAAGAGAGACCAAGACUUCGAAGAAGGUCUGAACCGCUUACGCAAAGAGUAUGCCACAGCUCCAAUUGAGAGAAAGUUGUUGCUAAAUUCAGUAAAAAUAAUGUUUAGGUGA